AUGGUGCUUAAAAAAUGUAUAAGUUGUAUUAAAAAAAUUACGCAAAAGUCCCCGGGAUUGGAAUGUAGCCGCUGUAAUAAAUACGUUCAUGCAACGACUACUUGUGCAAAUCUCACAAAUAAACAGCUAGCAGCCCUUCGGAACUCCGAAGGUCUGGAGUGGAGUUGUGAAGACUGUUUACGAAAUAUCUCAAGGCGGUCAUCUUACUUCUUACCUGAUGAGUUUGACAAUGAAGAAGAGAUUCAAGAAAAGAAUAAGACCGAUAGGUAUGAUAAACUGAUAAGUCAAAUAAGUUGCGAAACAAGGAAGAUUAUAAAAAGUGAGCUAGAAAGUCUAACCACAGCAGUGGAAUACAUGAACAGUCAAGUCAGUGAUCUGGAACAUACUGUGAAACAACAAGAUAACACUAUUAAAGCUCUAGUUAAUAAGAAUUCUGAGCUUAUUAAGAAGAAUCAAAAUUUAGAACUACGAAUCGAUGCCAUGGAACAAAAACUUCAAGAGUUUGAUCAAAAGCUUUUAUCUACUACUUUAGAGAUAGCCUGCAUACCAGAAGUAAAUGAUAAAGAUGCCCUCAUCACUAUACAGAAGAUAGCGGAGAAACUCAAGGUGAGCGAUCAACAGAUAUGA